GUCACGUGAUGAGAAGACGCCAGGGGAUGCUGGGAGUUGUAGUUUUUAGCGCUGCGACUUCCGGGAACGAGCAAGAGUAAACAGCCCGAGCUGGAGGGGAAUCCGGGGGCGACAGCUGGAUCCCCGGCGGUGGGGGAUGGGGAACUGCCUGUCAUCCCAGUCCGCUGAUGACCUGUCCCUGCUGAAUGAUUCUGAUGGGGCCAGCCUGCCCGGGGAGCCCCCCCCGCCCUACCAGGAACGGGAGCCGGUGCCCGUUUACCACCCCACACCCAGCCAGACCCGUCUAGCCACCCAGCUGACUGAGGAGGAACAAGUGUGGAUUGCGCAGAGGAUGGGCCUAAUUCAGCAUUUACCGAAAGGCAGAUAUGACUCUGGAUCUGAGCCCUCGGAGAAGAAGCUGAAAGAGUGCGUGAUCUGUAUGCUGGACUUUGUCACCGGGGAUCCAAUACGCUUCCUGCCUUGUAUGCACAUUUACCAUAUGGAAUGUAUAGAUGACUGGCUUAUGCGCUCCUUCACAUGUCCAUCAUGCAUGGAGCCUGUGGAUGCUGCACUGCUGUCCUCCUACGAGACAAACUGAUUGGAAAGGGGGACACCCUGGAUGUGCCGACACCAUGGCUUCUGUCGAUCAAGGACUUUGGAAAAGGCUCGUUGACACCUGCUGGCCAAAACCUGUAUAAGAAUGGUUUGCUGGUUAGAAAUAGAUGAAGUGCUGCUGCUAUAAAGUCAUGUGAACUACCUUUCCAGAGUCACCGGAUGGAAGAAUAUCAAUUAAAAGAUAAAAAAAA